AUGGGAAGUCAAAUGAAAAAAUCAGCUGAUCAACCGCGAGCUCAGUGGUAUUGGAAAUCCAAUUCUGAUUCAUGGUCUACAAAUGAACAAGAAGAAUGGACAAAAUAUUCUGAUAUCGAAUCCGCGAUUAUUGAAGAAGCAUUUAAUGGAACAAAUAAAACAAAACUAGCUGAUCUAGAUAAUUAUUUGAUUAACUUAAACGAAUCUAUUCAAAUCAGUAAAUCGGAUCCUAAUAGACAGCGGCAAAUAAAGCGAGUUCCAAUUAGUAGAAACGAAACUCAAGGUUUAAGAGAACAACGAUUCUUUCUACCACCAGGAUUGAGUAAAACAUUCAAUACUGACAAGGGCGAAGGCGCUUAUAAUUUUCUUUCACAGUGGAAGAAAGACAAGAAACUUUCCAAUGCUGAAAUAGUGAAGCAGGCAGCGAAGGGAAUAAUUACUGAAGGAAAGCAACUCGAUAAACAUUGUGAGUCACACUACAUAGCUCGCCAACUGCUAGCCGUGAGAAAAAAAGACCGAAAAGAAAUUUACACGUGCUGCAUCCAGCUAUACACAAUGGAAUGCUUUUUAUACAAACUAAUAAACAAAGCACUGAGAGAAAACGAUACGAGCAAAACAAGCACGCUCGGGCCAUUUUGCUACAUUUUAUUCAGAAGCUGGCUAACCACAGAAGAAAAACAUACAGCGACACUCUACCGCGGUGUGAAUAUCGAUGAUAAUCAGCUCACAUCGUAUCAAGAGGCCAUAGGCCAAACUAGAUGUUGGGACGGCUUUACCUCAACCACCAAAAACCACGAAAAAGCGCAAAUGUUCGGUAACAUCUUAUUCGUCAUCGAUGCAACACACAACGGAGGCAUCGAUAUCUCAGCACUAUCCGAUUAUGACGAAGAAGAAGUUCUACUACCACCGGGAACCUCAUUUAUAAUCAACAAAGUCGACCCAACCGAACCCCAUACCCUCAUUUACCUGCAGCUUCUUGAUUGGCAUUCUUCACUAGCUGCAUCAUCAUUGAUUCACUUGUUGGCGACCUCAUCAUCGUCAGAUGAGCACUGCUGUGACGAAAGCGAAAUGUCAUCUGGUGCCAACGAACAUCUACGAGAUGCAUUAAUAGCCUGGUCUUUAUGGUGGUCGUUGGCAUUUUCCACUAGCUGCAUCAUCAUUGAUUCACUUGUUGGUGACCUCAUCAUCGUCAGAUGA